AUGGCUAUUAAAUUAUUAAUUAUACUAUCAAUUCUUUUAAACAAAUACAACUUGUGCCAAUUGAACCCCGGCGCUUCAAACAUAGGUCAUUGGAAAAUAGUUAUAGACUUCUACCACAACUCAAUGAGAUUCCCCAACAUGGCAUUUGUACAAGCUAAAAAUAUUUUUUACAAUACAAAUUUAACCAGUGAAUAUGAUCCAAAUUUGCGUAAAAUUGCAAUAGUCAUUACCGAUCAACCGGUAGUAGCAGAUAAUAAUAAAACUUUGUUGGUCGGUACUGCGCAAUUGGCUUAUGAAGAAGUGUCAGGAUAUAAUAGAAAAAAUCAAAUAAAAAAAAUAGCUAGUACUAAUGCCGAGUAUCAAACAACGGAUUUUUCAAAGUGCUUCAUGUCUCCAGUUAAGGGAAAAAAUAUAGUUGCUCGAUGUUCCGACUUAAGCCUUAGCUAUAUACUAAAUAAACCGACCCUUAAUUCUUAUAAGCAAUCAGUAGUUAAUUUUAAGUUUGAAGUUGUCGACGAUCUUAAGCAGCAAGAAAAUUCCGCCAUUGCCAUCAAACACCUUAUUAUUGAAGGAGAAAAAAUCAAUUUUGAUGAAUUUAUGGGAGAAGAAUUUGAUACAAUUGAAAAUAAUUAUAACACAUGGUUGGUUAACUUUGUUCGAUGUGUUGAUAAUAUAUAUAUUAACUUCUACCACAACUCAAUGAGAUUCCCCAACAUGGCAUUUGUACAAGCUAAAAAUAUUUUUUACAACACAAAAUUAACCAGUGAAUAUGAUACAAAUUUGCGUAAAAUUGCAAUAGUCAUUACCGAUCAACCGAUAGUAGCAGAUAAUAAUAAAACUUUGUUGGUCGGUACUGCGCAAUUGGCUUAUGAAGAAGUGUCAGGUUACAAUGAAGAAAACCAAAUUAAAAAAAUAGUUAAGAGGAAGGCCGACUAUGAAGAUACGAAUUUUUCAAAGUGCUUCAUGUCUCCAAUUAAAGGAAAGAAUAUAAUUGUUCGAUGUACUGAAUUACGCCCUACUUAUUCGACGUGUCAAUUGCAAAAGACAGACUACGUCAUCUCCCAGUAUGAUAAUCUAUUGGAUUUUCUGAUGUGCCAUGUUAGUAGCAGUAAAACAAAAGUUUUUCUUGUUGGAGUUUUAUCCAGAGUAAAUAAACUGAGCCUCAAUUCUUACGGCCAAAUAAUUCAUUUAAAGUUUGAAAAUGUCGACGAUCUUGGUCGAAUUGUUCAAAGAAAAAUGCGCAAGUGGUUAGCUGAAAAUCCUGAACAAAAAACUUAUUCACUUUGGUAA